AUGGACAGAUGGUUGUGUCAACAAGCUUGCGGUCUCCUCGGUAGAUGCAGGCUUCCUGGAUCCAGUGUAGUUCCAUCCAAUUGCUCUACCGGAGGAGGCAUUUUAGACACUUAUGAUAUCUCAACUGUAACACAAGAUAUACUCGUCUCUUAUGUGAAUAAAUGGGCUGUCCCAGCCAACGAGAGCUCUUUUGGACCCAUCCUAGAAAUCGCGGGUGAAUCACCUUCAGUAGGCGGAGGAGGGAGCUGUCUAUUUUUCAACGGAACAUCAAUCGUGUCGCCACCUCUGGUAAAUGUUUUUGUUGGCAAUUACAUCACCGUUCAGCUUUUUGUGAAGGCAAAGGACCCGAGAUUCUACACAGGCACCAUUAUUUCAUACGCUCAAUCCGAGACUUUUGCAGUAACAGUAAACGGAUCGAUAAGGAUUCACUUUGGCGCCAUUGUCAUUGAUACACAGCUAAUCCUCGAAAAUGAACUAUGGAAUCACAUAUCCUUGGUCUAUAGACGCAGCUCAGGUCUUGUUCAGUUCUACCUUAUUGAUUCUUUAGGCGUCAUCCAAUCCAGAGUAUUUUUUAUCGGCGUUGGUGUAUUCCCAGAAGGUGGUACUUUAUCAAUCGCUCUCUGGCAGAUCACCUCUGCAGUAUCCCUGUCUAUUCCUGGAUUUGUAGGGUGGGUGGACGAGUUAAGUUUCUGGAAUAAACGAUUCGACGCUGUUAUGAUUCAGGAG